CGCAGCCGCGGCCGGGUGACGAAGAUGGUGCUCAUCAAGGAAUACCGUGUAGUCUUGCCGGUCUCUGUGGAAGAGUAUCAAGUCGGGCAGCUGUACUCGGUGGCCGAGGCCAGCAAGAACGAGACAGGAGGCGGCGAAGGCAUCGAGGUGCUGAAGAACGAACCCUACGAGAAGGAUGGAGAGAAGGGCCAGUACACACACAAAAUCUACCACCUGAAGAGUAAAGUCCCGGGGUUUGUGAAGAUGAUCGCACCAGAAGGAGCGCUAGUUUUUCACGAAAAGGCCUGGAACGCCUACCCGUACUGUCGCACCAUUGUGACGAACGAGUACAUGAAGGACGACUUUAUAAUAAAGAUCGAGACGUGGCACAAACCAGACAUGGGAACAGUAGAAAACGUCCACGACCUGGACGAGCAGACAUGGAGGACUGUGGAGGUCGUUCCAAUAGACAUCGCCAGCAAAGACGAGGUGGCUCAAGGGGACUACAAACCAGAAGAAGACCCGGCUCUUUUCCAGUCUGCCAAGACGGGCCGAGGCCCUCUGGGCCCCGAGUGGAAGAACGAGCUGAAGACAGACUGUCCCUACAUGUGUGCGUACAAACUGGUCACGGUGCGGUUCCGGUGGUGGGGCCUGCAGACCAAAGUGGAGAACUUCAUCCACCGGCAAGAGAAGCGAAUUUUCACCAACUUCCACCGUCAGCUGUUCUGCUGGAUCGAUAAGUGGGUGGGGUUGACCAUGGAGGACAUCAGGCGGAUGGAGGAGGAGACGCAGAAGGAGCUGGAGGAGAUGCGUCAGAAAGGAGACGUUCGAGGCACCUCGGCGACGGAGGAGUAGACGCCGUCGCUGUAGUUCAGAUUCUAGAGGCAGGCUGACUGCGUAAAACAGGUCCGAUUCGAGGCACCAGUGCUGCUCAUGAGCAGUGAGGCAAACCAACCAAACCCCCCAUGAGGACGUCACCCCGGACACCACCCCCCCCCCACCCCUCCUCCGCCCGGCCUCCGCCCGACCUCCGCCGCCCUCACACGGUUCACGGUGGCGGGGUCGGAGGUCGGGAGGGGGUGUUUCAGCCCCCGGUACUGUACAGCUCCUCCCCCAGUCACACGCCUCCUGUUCACAACAACAACAAAAAGCUUAAAAAAAAAAACAAAAAAAAAAAAAACAAAACAACCAACCUGGUUUUGCGUUCGUAUAAAGGAAACAGUCUUUGCACAGAAACGGCCUGAUGUGUAAAUGUUAGCGGAUCCUCCCGGUGGGCUCGGCCUCUCUUCAGGUGUGUGAACCGCCUUUCCACUUCACUAGAAUGUUUGUUUUUAGCUGCAGCGUUCCACCGAGAGGUUCCAGCAGGUGUCGGACCAUUGACCCCCCCAAACCCCCCCUGUAUUAUAGCCGUCUGUCUCUGCUUUCUCACCUCCACCCUGUCCCCCCCCCACCCCCCCCCCACCCUCCACGUCUGGCGCUCUCUCUGUAAAUACCAGGCUUCGGUUCGUAAAGCGGCGCUGAUGCAUGAUGGGUAAUGAUUUGCAGGGAUGCUGGAUGUUGAUCGAUCUUUACUUUUCAAUCCAACGUCAGGAACGGCGACCUGGACUCCGAAAAUAUCCAAGCUUCUGCCAAAAUGCGAAGGAAGACGAUCAUUUUAAACGCUGUCGUGUGAAUUAUGCUUCACUAUAAGCAGUAAUUGAACAUUUCAGAGAACGGAGUGACGACACACCGUUCAUGUUUCAGUAUGGAGGAUGAAAACGCUGCAUAGUUUAAUUUUCAGCCAACGAAGUGAUGAAAUGAUGGAGUGAAUCAUGUUUCACGUAGAAAACAGAAACAGAAGUUUAAUGCAGAUUUUAUUGAAGAAAAGUCGAAAUAAAAAAAAAAAAAACACCAAACAUCUGCAUUCCUGCAAAGAAUGAGUUCUCGUCCCGGAAGCUU